AUGGAGAGCGUGGAAGCAGCAGGACAGUUAGAACAACGCAAUUCGUCGACUGAUAUAAUAAUUGAAGAAUUAAAGGAAUUGGCUAAGUCUAUGUUAGAAACAACGGAAGCUGUUCGACGGAGGACUCAUAAUGGAGAAGGUGUAAAGUCCUAUCAGGCCCUUUUAAACUCGCUUGAAUCUUCAGCAGUUGUGUCAAAACAAAAUGUUGAUAUAAAGGUACAUUCUAAUUACCAUGAUCCUAUUCAUGGAUUUUCUUUAUCGGGUAAGCCUGAAAAAGAGUUUAUUUCUUCUAUUGAUGCCUUAGGGUAUCCUAUUCCCGGUGGAUAUCACGAAACGAAGAGAUCCAGCAUGGAACAAAGUCCAUCUUGUAAUGUUGAUUUAGAAAAUAUAGAAGAAACCUUUACAGAAGAUGGUGUUGAAAGUUAUGAUAAUAAUGCUGUUCUUGCUGAAAAUGUUUUUAACUUACAGCAAGAGAAAGUAAUAUCAAAUAAUCAUAUACCCACUGUAGAUUGUUCUGCAGAUUCUGAUGAUAACAUAUACGAUGGUGUUAAAACACAAGUGGUUUUUAAAGCGGUUGACCCUGUUCUUUAUCAAGAAAUAAGUAGUUGUACUUGGCAACCUGAACCAUUACGUCUACGAGUUGAUACCGGAGAAACUGUUGAAGAUUCUAGUGAAGAAGAAGAAGCAGAUGAUGACGGUGUAGAGGGUGGUGCUAAUUAUGAAAUCAAGAAAGUUUUUCGUGUUCCAUCUUUUCCUUUUGGUGGUGGUGUUGGAGAUGAAGAAGCACGUUUAUUGGGAAAAAUGUUCAGUGAUACUAUUCGUCGAGGUGGACUUUCUGCUUCAAUAAAACCUUUACACAUAACAAAAAAACAAUUGGUAAAUUAUGAGUAUGAAGAAUCUUUUACAACAAAGGAACAACGUUUUUCUUUUAAACCAACUUCACCUUUCGAAUUUGUGGUUGAAUUAGAGAGAGAUGCAGUAUUUGAUGCAGUUCGAGCACGUGAAGAACGUCGUCGUGAAUUUCGUCGUUUGGCAAAAGAAGGGAAAGCUCCUGUUACUAUGGGAUCAUUUAAUCUUCGUGUAAUAAUGGACCCAUUAAAAACUGGAUUUGAAGAAGAAAAAAAUUUCCCUAUUGAGCGUGGUACAAUUGUUGCGGAUCGCUAUCAAAUUAUAGAGUUAUUAGGAAAAGCUACAUUUAGUCGAGCUGUUCGCUGUUACGACUUACAUCAACCUAUUUAUGAUGAUGAUAAUGAUGAUGAAAAUGAAAAUACUUCUAUGGCUAAUACUACAAAUAAGAAUGAUGUUGAGGGUAAUGAAUCAAAUACGACAGAAAAGAAAAAGAAAAAGAUUGCAGGUUAUGCUGAAGUAUGUUUAAAAAUCAUCAAUAAUUCAAAGGACUUUUUUGAUCAGUCUUUGGAUGAAAUUCGUUUAUUAAAUUUGAUUAAUAAAUACAAGGACCCUGAUAAGGCACACGUAAUUCGCCUCAUUGAUUCUUUUUAUUACAAGGAGCAUACAAUGUUAGUUACUGAGUUGCUCUCUGAUAACCUUUACGAAUAUUCAAAAUAUAAUCGGGAAGAAGAAGAUACAUUUUAUUUUACUAUUUCUCGUCUUCGUCGUAUUGCUCGUCAAAUUACUGAGGCUUUAACAUACGUUCAUAGUCUUAAUCUUAUUCACGCAGAUCUAAAACCAGAAAAUAUAUUAUUUGUUUCUCAUCGACGAUGCAUAGUAAAGGUUAUUGAUUUUGGUAGCAGCUGUUUUUUAAGUGACCAUUUAAGUUCUUAUAUACAGAGCAGGAGUUAUCGCGCCCCAGAAGUAAUUUUGGGUUGUGACUAUGAUGGAAGGAUUGAUGUUUGGUCACUUGGAGCUAUUUUAGUUGAACUUGUAACAGGUGAAGUUCUUUUUACUUCUGAGACUGUUCCAGAAAUGUUGGCACGAAUUGUUUAUGUAUGUGGAGAACCGCUUCCACGAAGAAUGUUAUGGGAGGGUCGACAUACUGCUAAGUUUAUAAACAAAUUUGGUUGUAUAUACGAACAGGGUAAUAAAGACGGUGAUGAUGCCGGGGAAGAUUCUUCUUAUUACUAUCUGUAUACACCUGUGAUGCAGACUAUGGAUGCGAAACGUACUGAAGAAAAGAAUACUGAAAAUAAUGAAAAGAUUUGUAAUGGAGAGGAAAAAACAAAAGAAUCCCCUGAUGAGGGGCCAUAUUCAGUACUUAGAAAGAAAUUAGCAGCUCACAAUGUUACAGAUCCUGCGUUUAUUUCCUUUGUGGAGGCAUGUCUAACUCUUGAUCACAAAAAACGACCUAGAAGCAAAGAUCUUCUUUCCCAUCCUUUUCUUGCGGAAUCUGAUUGA